CUAAUAUUAUUGGAUGAGUGGCGUCGCAUGUAAAUUACGUCAUUGCGACACUCCACACGCUUCUUUUAGGUGAAGCUAGCUUGGGACGAACGGCUAUAAUGGCGAAGAAUAAAUCCAAGGGGCAGAAGCAGAAGAAUGUGUUUCACGUGCUCAACAAGCAGACGAAACAAAAGAACAAAGCCAAGCCAGUGACGUCGAGCCUCAAACAUAUUAAUGCAGCAAAGAAGGAGAAAAAAGUAGACAGCCUGAAUAAAAUAUUCACAGAUGUUCAAAGGGAAGUAAAAAGUGUAUCAAAGUGCACUGGGCAGGAACCCAAAAAGCCAGCACAGGUGACCAGAGAGCCGCCGAAGGAGUUGGUAAACGUGGACAGCGCCGCCCAACUGUUCUCUCAGCUCUAACCACAAGAAAACGCGCAUCACGCGUGUCAAAGCAAUGUUGAGAAGAAGAAGAAAAAAAACGCGCACUGCCAAUUACAGCGGUCAUCAGAAUUAUGGCGGCUUGAGAUUUUACAAAGACAGUAACUCUGAAGACACGCCUCCUAAAAUUUAAAGCGCUCACGUGACUGUCGCGGCGUAUUUGACGGAAGUUUAAAGGAACUUUAAAAGAAAAAAAAAUGCGUGUGGCAGAUGGCGUGUAAUAACGAAAGAAAGUCGUCUGAUUGAGUUUUACUUUGCUCUCCUGUGCUUUAUCAAACGGGAGAAAUGGACCACAGAGGGGUUGUGAAAUAAAGGGUUUUAAAUGGAAUCGGAUAUAAUUAGACUUGCGGCACAUUGUUUUCCGCCAGAUGGCAGCAGGUUAGGGCACCAGUGAGAGAUCUGGCGAUGCUGGCUGCAGCAGUCCUGCCAAUGUUGCCGUUUCGCUAUUGUCUUUUUAUGGCUCUGUAAAGAACAUGCAGUACUGCAUGCAAUAUAGCUAUGAAUGCUGUCUUUCUGAAAAAAUGCACCUUUUUGAAAUGCAGAAGAGAGGUCUUUCACUAGCCCAUCCAUUUUCCCUGGCUCAUUGUUUUUGUCUGGUUGAGAGUGAAAAGAUUUCCUGAUUUGGCCUUGUCCAGUUUUUGCUGUAAAUGUGUGACAAAUUAUUUUAGUUCCAAACCUUUAUUCUUGUAAUAAAGCAAUAUGCUUCAUCUU